AACCUCCAAUCGCAUUUAUUUCCUUCAGCACAGCCGGAUAUCAGAGUCUUUUGUCGUCUGUGUGCAUUUGUGUAUUUGUUCAGGAAGCCGCGGAAAUCACGGACCUUGUUCAUCGAAAAGAGGAAGACUCUCACCUACUCCCCCUCUCUCUGUCUGAGGUUUCAUGAUUUUUGAUUACCGCGAAGCCACAGGAUCGCAAACCCACUUUUUCAUCGCUGUUCCCUCACACAAGGUGCUGUCAGUGUGCAGUUUGUGGCCUGCCUUCCCUUUUUACAACGCUCUGCCAUUUGUGCAAAAAGACAUACACCCGUACAGACGCUGCAUAGCCAGCCCCGCCAGCCCCCUCCCACCGCGACCCCUGCGCUAUGAGCAAAGAUAGAGCAGAGCCUUCAAAAGAGAAGUAUGACCAAUCUCCGUCGCCCCACAUGCAGGCCAUGCAGAGGAACUACAGGCGUGGUCCAGCUUCCCUCGACCCCACAGCUGGAACACAGCAGAUCUCAAAUCCAAGUGACUGCUCUGGCUCUAACCUCCUUACACAUCUCUUCCAGUCAGCAGCUCGUCGUCUUGUUGCCCCACCCCAACCAGGCCACGGUGAGGUGGCAGCCCCUAAACCUGUAGAGCGGGGUAGAGCGGUCUGCAACCUUAACCAGCUCUCAGAUACAGAGUCGUCCUCCCAAACAGACUCUCUGUGUGAAAGUAUUCAGAGUUUGUCCAUUCAUACAAACAGGCCCUACAGAGGACGAGAAAGUUUGGACCGAGCCACUGAGUCCAGUUGCACAACAAAUGGGAGUUUAAUUAAAGGCCAGCUCACUCCCACAUCUGACAUCGAGGAACAGGUUCACAAGGCCUUGGCUGCGUUGAGUCCAGGUGAGAGUAUCUCUGCAAAAGCACUGGCUAAAAAGCUGCUUCAGGACAAAAAGACAGUCACCAAGGCCCUCUACUCUCUGGAACGGUCCCAAAAAGCCUCUAAGCAAGGACUUUCCCCUCCUGAGUGGAGUCCAUACAGAGACCCCAACGUAAAUCAAAAUUCCAAACUGGAAAAUUCUCCCUCCCAGCUGCAGGGCAGUCCAGAAUCCUCUCAGAAACUCAGAGCCGUGCUUGAACUAAAAGUAGAAACAGAAGAAAACAGGAGACAGCUUGGAGAGGAGGACUCUGACACUGCAUCCAGCUGUUCUUCCUCCUCUCUCUUAGAGCCAUUUGAUUCUGACCAAAAGGAAUAUGAAUCACUUGCAAAACCUAAGCCCACCACUGAGGCAGACCUGAAGGAGCAAAUCCUGCAGUUACUCCUGAAGUUAGGGAGGACUGCUCCUCUUGUCAUAGCCAAAAACCUGGGCCUUAAGACUGCUAAACAAGUCAAUCGAUUUCUCUACUCCCUGGAGAAGCAGGGUGAAGUUACUAAGAAGGGGGGUGUAGCGCCCACCUGGGAGCUGACCCCCCACUGCAGGAAGAGGAUGGAAAGGAGGCUCAGAGCCUCACUGGGCACCACAGCUGAGGGGAGCCAGACGGAGGGGGAAGCCAGUGGCGAGGAGAACAGAGGAGCAUCUGCAGUUCUGCCACUACAAGGGACCAAGCCACUCCUGUCGCAGCUGUUACGUUGGCACCACAAUGAAGAGGUGAAAGUCCAACAACAAGGCAGUGAGUGCAUCCAGAUCCCGACCAGUCGCCGAAGUUUCACUCUGCACCGUGAACCUGAGAACAGAAUAGAGCCUCGGCGUGCAUCAUUUGAUCUGAAAUACAGAUCAAAUAAUGAUCUGACAUUUGAGGAUUCGAGCACAGAGGAAGUGACGCGGUUGGCCCGAGAUCAAAACAAGACGGCAGGCGGGGGCUGCCAGGCCGAUCACAUCGAUGUUUUUGCUGAUUUUGAGCAACAAAGGAAAAGCCUGCCAUGUCUUCAGAUUCCCUCAGCAGAGAAGAAGAAGCUCCAUGACAUCCAAAGUAUCUUCAGUGGGCGAGAGUCCGAACCUGUUCUAGUAAAGUACAAUGUGUGCAUCCAGACCCCCACCAGUCGCCAAAGUUACACUCUCCAGUGUAAAUCUGAGAGUAGAUUACAGCCUCCGAUCCUGAUGCUGAUCUUCAGCAACAAAAUCUGCAGCGUCCUCAGAUUCCCUCAGCAGAGGACACCCUGUUUGACAUUCGAGCCGAAUUUAUUAAGCGAGUGUCUGAUGCUGUUCUGGAAGGUCUGCUGGAUGAGCUUCAGCAACUGAAGGUAAUCAGCGACAGAGAAAGGGAGUCUGCUAGUGGAUAUGCUGCCAGGGCAAAGAAAGCACAAGUACUGAUUGACAUGGUGAGAGGCAAAGGACCAGACGCCAGUUUGCAUAUGAUCACCGCCUUACGUAAGGAGGACCGUUGGCUCUUCAAACAGCUGAACUUAAACUGACACAUAAAGGAGAAAGUGGAGGACAGCGCUGACACAUCACUCACUACGUUUACAUCCACCGCUGUCAUUCAUUCAACCACCUCGUUGAAGAAGUCGGUGUUGUGAUAUUUGCACUAGUCCAAAAAAACAGCUGACAUCCAAGUCUUUCAUGAUGUUUAAAAGUUGUUGCGUUUCUACUUCGGACCAGAAAUGUGGGCUUUUCUUUUGUGGAUGCAUCUCUAGCCCAGCUUUGCAAACUGUUGGCUUGUUGAUUUGUUUACAACACACAGAGCUGACUGUAAACAGGCAGCCGUGUGCAGUAAAAAGCUACAAAUCCCAACCCUAACUUGGGCUUUUAUUUUCUAAUAAAGGGGGAAAUGUAAUAAUGAAAUGUAGCGAUGGCUCAGGGUUCAUUCUCAAUAACCUUUGACAUAAAAAGCCUGGAUAGCAAAUUUUUAUACAUACAAAUGAACUUGAAGCUAUGCAAUAUUUCUACAUUGAAGUAUUCAAAUCUGUUUAUGGUACUCCGGGAAGAGAUUUACUUUUUACAGUGGUGCACUUUUCUGUGGCAUUUUCUUCAGAAAGAUUGAUAUUGAGAUUUAAUCAGGUCUUUUGAUAUUUGUCUUCUGAUAAUUAAUCAGGUUGUUAUUCUGGAAAAUAAACCUGAAUGUUGAGGAGAAAAGUGACCUUAUGCACUCAGUGACCAUCCAAAAACACUGAUAGACAACGUUCCUUAUAGAGAAUGUGAAUGACUAAAGAAAAAAGUGGAAGAUUUUGAACUUGAAGUGAAAUUUCCAGCCAGAGAGCAUAAUGAGAAAUUAAAAUUUCUCAGAUUAAAUAUUGGACGAUAACCCCUACAUCAUGCUCAGACGAAGACGAGGGUUUCUGUGUAAUUUAUUGCUGUUUUGCAUCAAAUGAAAACAUAUCUAUUAAUUUUUGUAAUGGUUUAACCGUUAAAGCGAGGCCAUAAAGGGCUCAGCUGUACUGUGUCUGCUGUGGGUACAUGGUCUUAUUUACUUUCAUGCUCAUAUAAUAUAAACUUGAACAUUUUUGGGAUUGUAUUUUAUUGAUUUUUUUUCUACAUAUUUUUGUUGUUGUUUUAAGAUGUAAAUGUAUAUUUUGAUGUAUAAUAUGAUCGUUUUUACAAUGUUAAACUCAUGGUCCCUUCAGCUGCUAGAAAAUCCAAAAACAAGAUUUGGAAUAAAGACAAAUGCUGAACUAAAGGACAUUCCCGGAGCGUUUACUUUGAAUGAGCGUCCCCUGCAAGCUGACGUAGUCUGGAUCGACUCCAAUAGUAAUGGUUCUUCAUCGUUGAUUUGAUUUUUAGAUGUAAAGACACAACAUGAUUGGUAUUUUUGCAAAUGGCCUCCAAGUCGUGACCCGACAACGAGUUCAAUCCCUGUCGCAUGUUAGCUGCAAGGCACUGGAAAACACCACAAAACAAAGGAAUAUUAUUAAACUGAAGCCUCAUGUCCCAUGUCCAUUAGGCUUGUAGUUCUGGAAAAUAAAUCUGAAUGUUGAGGAGGGUGGGGGAGGGGUAAUCUCACCCUAAAUUAGCACCUAUAUAAUAAACGCCUCACCUGGAAAUACUGCUGCUUUUUAAAUGAAACUCUACUAAUUUGGAGAAGGUUUUCAACCCUCCUCCCUUGUAAAGAAGCCCUUUAGAUUUAGGAUUCCUAAAUCUCCAAUUUCUCUCCAAAAAAAAGGAGCUUUGGCUAAACGUUUGUAAUUUAGAUUUCCUCCGAACUGUUCCUGAGGAACUUUUUCAGGAGGCAGAGAUCCAACAUUUGCUUCUUGUUGCAACCAUAAAACUAUUGCGUGGUCGAUCC